AGAGAAUACCAAUGUGCCAGACGCCAUCGAAUAUGAGCAUUCACCCACUUAAGUCAGUUACGACGACAAACUGCAGUCAGGUCGAGGCCCUGAUGACAACGAGCAUGCAGAUGAGUUUCCCUGAGAGGGUUUCUGACAGUGUGUGCAGAAAUUCUUUGGUUAUGCAAACCGAUUGUUGCAGCAGCUCUCCGGGUGGCUGGUCUCAGACGAUCUUGGAGGUGAACAUGCUGGAUGUUUAGGUCCUGGGAUGGUGUGGUUACACAUGGUCUGCGGUUGUGAGGCCGGUUGGAUGUACUACCAAAUUGUCUGAAACGCCUUUGGAGAUGGCUUAUGGUAGAGAAAUGAAAAUUCAAUUCACGGGCAACAGCUCUGGUGACAUACCUGCAGUCAGCAUGCCAAUUGCACGCUCCCUCAGAACUUGCAACAUCUGUGGCAUUGUGCUGUGUGAUAAAACUCCACAUUUCAGAGUGGCCUUUUAUUGUCGCCAGCCUAUGGCACACCUGUGCAAUAAUCAUGCUGUCUAAUCAGCAUCUUGAUAUGCCACACCUGUGAGGUGGGAUGGAUCAUCUCAACAAAGGAGAAAUGCUCACUAACACAGAUUUGGACAGAUUUGUGAACAAUAUUUGAGGGAAAUGGCCUUUUGUGUAUGUAGAAAAAGCUUUAGAUAUUGGAGUCCAACUCACGAAAAAUGGGAGGAAAAACAAAAGUGUUCGUUUAUAUUUUUGUUCAGUAUAUUUAGCUCUGCCCCAGCUACCAGUGAGCUACAGCUAACAUGGCUACAUGCCGAGCCGCGGAGGCGAACGUGCGCCUCGUGUCCAUUGUCAGCACAGCAUAAGUCACUAAUCAUCUCCUCCAUGACAGCGAAUAAACUACACUUUUAGUCAAGUAUUAUGAUCAUCACGGGUCACAAAGGACAGGGUGAGGAUAGGACAAGAGACGGAUCACUAAGCUAUAACAAAACGUCGCAAAACACCAAAAUAAGUGACUGGGUGGUACAGUACACUUGUCAAUUUGGCAUGGCUUGAACAGCGUUAUAGCGCACAUUAGCUUUGAAGAGCAAAAUAGCAGACAAAUUAGUUUACAGAGAAAAAUACUUUUAUAUACAAUGCUAGACAGCCAAACAGGGACCAGAAACAAAUUAGCAUGUGAUCUCUGCUACCUCACUUGAAAAAUGAACCUAUAAUUUAAAGUAGAUAAAUAUCAUAAAUAUUUGUAAUAUAAGAUAACCUUUCCCCGUACGUUUCCCCACAAUGGGGAAAUUUGCAUAAAUUCCGCAGCAACAGUGGAUACAGGAAAUACAGAAAGUGCAUGCAAAUGUAUGCGGCAUUACAAGGUUGCCAUAAAUGCAAAUAUUGAAGCCAUAAUGUAUUAAUGCUUAUAGAGCAAUCAUUAUGUUUUGAAAUUGAACAGUAUCCAGAUUUAUUUUUUUAUCCAAUACAUAAUAUACUGCAAUGACUGUCCCGCGAUAAUGCCCAUCCAUCCAUCCAUUGUCCUUAUCAGAGGUCACGGGGGCAGUGGCUUAAGCAGGGAAGCCCAGACUUCCCUCUUCCCAGCCUCUUCAUCCAGGACUUCCGGGGGGAUCCCAAGGCAUUCCUAGGCCAGCCGACAGAUUGGGCCUCCUCCCGGUGGGACGUGCCCGGAACACCUCACCAGGGAGGCAUCCUAACUAGAUGCCCAAGCCACCUCCUUUGGCUUCUCUCGAUGCGGAGGAGCAACAGCUCGACUCCGACUAACUUACUGAACUCCGCCAACUGUGACUUUGGCGUCAUCCCAACCAACCUCCUUUUAAGUUGAGCAGCAGCAGAGCCAUGUUGACACUUGGCUUCGCACUUCCAUUUUGACUUCCCUGCUAAAACAUCCAGCAAAGACCAGCAAGAGAUAGGAAAGCCCGCCUCAGAGACCCCAGACUCUGCUUCCUCAUGGGAAGGUGUGUCGGUGGAAUUGAGAAGGUCUUCAGAGUAUUCUCCCCACCGUCUCAGUGUGGGCGAUGAGGAUGGGGCACUGCUGACCACAGUGUUGAUGGUGCACUGCUUCCCCCUCCUGAGAUGCCGGAUGGUGGACCAGAAUUUCCCUGAAGCCGUCCGGAAGUCUUUCUCCAUUUCCUCACCAAACUCCUCCCAUGCCCGAGUUUUUGCUUCAGCGACCACCAAAGCUGCAUUCCCCUUGGCCAGCUGGUACCCAUCAGCUGCUUCAGGAGUACCACAGGCCAAAAAGGCCUGAAAGGUCUCCUUCUUCAGCUUGACGGCAUCCCUCACCAUUGGUGUCCACGACAGGCACCAACCACUUUAUGGCCACAGCUCCGGUCGGCCGCCUCAGCAAUGGUCCACUCGGACUCAAUGCCCUCCGCCUCCCCCGGAAAAUGAGUAAAGUUCUCUCGGAGGUAGGAGUUGAAACUCCUUCUGACAGGGGAUUCUGCCAGACGUUCCCAUUAGACCCUCAUAAUACGUUUGGGCCUGCCACGUCGGAAAGGCAUCUUCUCCCACCAUCGGAGCCAACUGAGCAUCGAAGUCCGCCAGCAGAACAAGGGAUUCUCCAGCGGGAGCACUUUCCAGCACCCCCUCUUAGGACUCCAAAAAGGGUACGCUGAACUACUGUUUUGGUGCAUAGGCACAUACAUAGACCCGCAUAGACCCGUCCCCCGACCCAAAGGCGGUGGGAGGCUACCCUCUCGUCCACUGGGGUGAACCGCAACGUACAGACGCCGAGCCGGGGGGUAAUAAGUAUACCCACACCGCUCUGCGCCUCUCACCGUUAGCAACUCCAGAGUGGAAGAGAGUCCAACCCCUCUCAAGAGGUCUGGGUACCAGAGCCCAACCGUGUGUGGAGGCCAUCCCGACUAUAUCUAGUUGGAACUUCUCGACCUCACACACCAGCUUGGGCUCCUUCCCUGCCAGAGAGGUGACAUUCCACAUCCCUAGAGCCAGCUUCUGUAGCUGGGGAUCGGAUCGCCAAGGUCCUUGUCUUCGGCUACCGCCCAGCUCACACUGCACCCGACCCCUAUGGCCCCUCCCACAGGUGGUGAGCCCAUGGGAAGGCGGACCCACGUCACCCUUUCGGGCUGUGCCCAGCUGGGGCCCAUGGGUGAAGGCCUGGCCACCAGGCCCUCGCCUUCGAGCCCCACCUCCAGGCCUGGCUCCAGAGGGGGGGCCCGGUGACCCGCAUCCGGGCAAGGGAAACAUCAAUCCAUUAAUAUUUUUAGCUGUGCUUUGUCUGGUCCCUCACCUAGGACCUGUUUGCCAUGGGUAACCCUACCAGGGACGUGAAGCCCCAGACAACUUAGGUCCUAGGAUCAUUGGGACACACAAACCCCUCCACCACGAUAAGAUCCACUCGUUACCAUGACGACAACAACAACAAUGGAAUCGCGAACAAGAACAUAAUGAGGAAAUGCGGAAAAUGAGGAAUGUCACCGGUGCUCGGGAGAGGAUGUUCAUUCAAGGAUUGCUUGAGCAGCACACAGGACACUCUGCAGCCUCUGAAGAUAAUCAGAUGCCUUCUCACCUGGAUUCUGAUUAGUAUUCAAGAAUCUCGGAAACACCUCGUCACCAUCCAAGAACCUGCAAACACCUCUUCACCAUCCUCAGAUUGUCAUUAAAUUAAUUUAAUAAAUACUGACUAUGACAGGAAAAGCUCAACAGUUGGUGAAUAUGAUGAUUAAGAGAAAGGUUGAUAUAUUGUGUGUCCAGGAGAGCAGGUAGAAAGGCAGUAAAACUAGAAGUUUAGGGGCAGGGUUCAAAUUAUUUUACUAUGGUGUAGAUGGGAAGAAAAAUGAAGUAGAGGUUAUUUUAAAGGAAGAAUUAGCUAAGAAUGUCUAGGAGGGGUAAAGAGAUCAGAAAAACAGGAGGGUGAGUACUUGGUGUAUCUUCUGGUAGGAAAAUGGAGAAGGAGACUUUGUGGUGGAACCUCAAUGUACCGAAAAUCAUACAAGGAAAGAGAAUGGCUAAGACGUGGGACACCGAGAGGACUGAGGAGAGGAGAAAUAAAUAAAUGGAGAUGUGACGUAGGGUGAAGGUAGAGGUCGCAAAGGCCAAACAAGAGGCAAAUGAUGACAUGUAUGCGAGGUUUGACACUAAAGAAGGAGAAAAAGAUUUCAACAGGUUGGCCAGACAGAGGGAUAGAGAUGGAAAGGAUGUGCAGCAGAUUCGUGUGAUUAAGGAUAGAGAUGGAAAUGUGUUGACUGGUGCCAGUAGUGUGCUGGAUAGAUGGAAAGAUUACUUUGAGGAGUUGAUGGAUGCAGACAAUCAGAGGGAAAGAAGAGUGGAAGAGGCAAGUGUGGUGGACCAGGAAUAGCAAUGAUUACUAAGGGGGAAGUUAGAAGGGCACUAAAGAGUAUGAAAAAUGGAAAGGCAGUUGGUCCUGAUGACAUUCCUGUGGAGGUAUGGAAGCAUCUAGAAGAGGUGGCUGUGGAGUUUUUGACCAACUUGUUCAACAGAAUUCUAGUGGGUAAGAAGAUGCCUGAGGAAUGGAGGAAAAGUGUGCUGGUGCCCAUAUUUAAGAACAAGGGUGAUGUGCACAGCUGUGGGAACUAUCGAGGAAUAAAGUUGAAUCUAGCCUCCACUACUCACUACAAUGUGAGUAGUGGAGGCUAGAUUCAGGACAGAAGUGAGUAUUUGUGAGCAACAGUAUGGUUUCAUGCCUAGAAAGAGUACCACAGAUGCUUUAUUUGCCUUGAGGGCGUUGAUGGAGACGUACAGAGACGGUCAGAAAGAGCUACAUUGUGUCUUUGUAGAUCUUGAGAAAGCCUAUGACAGAGUACCCAGAGAGGAACUGUGGUACUGCAUGUGGAAGUCUGGAGUGGUAGAGAAGUGUGUUAGAAUAGUACAGGACAUGAGGGCAGCAGAACAGUGGUGAGGUGUGCUGUAGGUGUGACAGAGGAGUUUAAGGUGGAGGUGGGACUCCAUCAGGGAUCAACCCUGAGCCCCUUCCUGUUUACAGUGGUGAUGGAUAGGCUGACAGAUGAGGUUAGACUGGAGUCCCCGUGGACCAUGAUGUUCGCAGAUGACAUUGUGAUCUGCAAUGAAAGCAGGGAGCAGGUGGAGGAACAGUUAGAAAGAUGGAGGCAUGCACUGGAAAGGAUAAGAAUGAAGAUCAGCACAAGUAUUAUAUGCAUGACUGAGAGGCGUGGAGCGGGAAGAGUGAGGCUACAGGGAGAAGCGAUAGCAAGGGUGGAGGACUUUAAAUACUUGGGCUCAACAGUCCAGAGCAAUGGUGAGUGUGGUAAGGAAGUGAAAAAUGAUUCCAAGCAGGUUGGAAUGGGUGAGGAAGGUGUCAGGUUUGUUAUGUGACAGAAGAGUCUCUGCCACUAUGAAGGGCAAAGUUUAUAUGACAGUGGUGAGGCCAGCCAUGAUGUCCGGAUUAGAGACAGUGGCACUGAAGAGACAACAGGAAGCAGAGCGGAAAUGGAAAUUAUGUUGAUGUUCAUCCUAGGAGUGACAAGGUUGGAUAAAAUUAGAAAUGAGCUCAUCAGAGGGACGGCCAAGGUUAGAUCUUUUGGAGACAAAGUUAGAGAGAGCAGACUUUGAUGGUUUGGACAUGUCCAGAGGAGAGAGAGUGAGUAUAUUGGUAGAAGGGUGAUGAGGAUGGAGCUGCCAGGCAAGAGACCAUAGAGAAGGUUGAUAGAUGUGGUGAGGGAAGACAUGAGGGCAGUUGGUGUUAGAGAGGAGGAUGCAGGAGAUACGCUUACAUGGAAAAGGAUGACACGCUGUGCAACCCCUAACAGGACAAGCCGCAAGGAAAAGAAGAGGAGGGCAUGUGACUUCGAAGAAAACAAUCUAAAGUCCGGAUACUCAACUUUCAGUGGUGAUUGUCCAACGUGACUACAUACUGAGAAGGUUUUUGCCGCAGUUGCUGGUUGCAUUAUUUCAAGAUUACACAUGUGACGUAAUUCAUUCCGUAGUGGAGAGGGUGCAAAGAAAAAUCCUUGAUGCCCACAUCAGAAUGUCCAGAGACUUUAAUCUUGUUACACUGGACAGUUCUCAACAAGACUUUUAUCAGUUUGUAAACUGUUACACCAAGCGUACACAUUUAUGCUAACACUGAAGAUUCAAACAUGGUGAUCCCCCACUGGAAAGGUUAGACCACAACCACCCUGCGCCCCGAGGGCAAAAGAUGCUCUGAGACAAUGCUUCAAUUCCACAGACUAGAAUGUACUGCUCGAGCCACACGGUUAUUACAUUGACGGGGUCACACACAGCAAUUCAGACUCUCGAGUCUUUCACAGUUCCUGUGGCCCAGUAUUGUAGGUGACCGUAAAAAUCAAUUAUUUCAUUAAAGCAACAAGACAGAUAAUACUAAGUUACAAUUUACAAUUAAUUAUGCACAUUUUUCUCAAAGAUGAAUAAAAUAUUGUGAUUUGUGAAACUACAGUUAUCCUGUUAUGAAGCAAGAAGGAAGUGUAACUCAUUCCUUAACUUACCUAAACACAUCACCUGACCGUAAAUUUACUCACAUAAAUUAUUUUUAGAAAUCAGACUUUUAUGAAGAAUAUUUAGUCACUGUAUUUGUUUUCCAUUAUGAUGCGUUGAUUGUACAAUACAAAAAAAAAAUCUUACUUCUGGCUCAGAUACAGAGUAGCCAGUUGAAAAUCUGCUCAAGUUCCCUCUGUAAUACUCCCAGACUUUAUCAUUAUCUCCUAUGCCUGGCCCUCCAGAAGGAGUGUUCGAGUCAGUAAUAAUGUGGCGGGCUUUGCAGUUCAUAUGGUUUAUUUGUCUGUGUCCCGCAGAACAGACUUGCUGCCUCUUUCCUCUUAAACAUACUGGAAAAACUACACAGUAAAUAUAAUAGCACAGUGUCAUGUCAAAUCAUAAAUGCUCAAUUAGAUUGUUUGAACAACACAAAAAAACACUGACAACAUGAAAAUGUUUGUAUGCUUCAUAUGGACAAAUAGGAAACUGCUUUCAAUCCACAAGAUUACACCAUCAGCAGUCAGCUAUCAGCUAUCCAUCCAUCCCUCCAUCCAUUUUCUACCGCAUAUCCGAGGUCGGGUCGCGGGGGCAGUAGCUUUGGCAGGGAUGCCCAGACUUCCCUCUCCCCAGCCACUUCAUCCAGCUCGUCCGGGGGUUCCCGAGGCGUUCCCAGGCCAGCCGAAAGACGUAGUCUCUCCAGCCUGUCCUGGGUCGUCACCAGGGUCUCCUCCCGGUGGGACGUGCCCAGAACACCUCAUCGGGGAGGCGUCCGGGAGGCAUCCGAAUCAGAUGCCCCAGCCACGUCAUCUGGCUCCUCUCGAUGUGGAGGAGCAGCGGCUCUACUCUGAGAUCCUCCCGGAUCUCACCCUCUCUCUAAGGGAGAGCCCGGACACCCUGCGGAGGAAACUCAUUUCAGCCGCUUGUAUCCGGGAUCUUGUUCUUUCGGUCAUGACCCACAGCUCGUGACCAUAGGUGAGGGUAGGAACGUAGAUCGACCGGUAAAUUGAAAGCUUCGCCUUUCGGCUGAGCUCCUUCUUUACCACAACGGACCGAUACAAAGUCUGCAUCACUGCAGACGCUGGACCGAUCCGCCUGUCGAUCUCCCGUUCCUUUCUUCCCUGGCAGUUUGCCAAUACAGAGGCACUGUCCCCGAUGUCCAUGCGAUGUUGCAGAGGUGUGUCAACCAGGACAGCCCCACAAUAUCCAGAGCUUUUAGGAACUCCAGGCGAAUCUCAUCCUCUCCCGGGGCCUUGCCACUGAGGAGCUUUUAAACCACCUCGGAGAUAGGAGAGCCCGUCUCAGAGAACCCAGACUCUGCUUCCUCAGGAAAAGGUGAAGUAUUCUCCCCACCGACUCACAACGUCCUGAGUUGAGGUCAGCAGCGCCCCAUCCCCACUAUACGCAGUGUUGGUGGUGCACUGCUUCCCCCUCCUGAGACGCCGGAUGGUGGACGAGAAUUUCCUCAAAGCCGUCCGGAAGUAUUUCUCCAUGGCCUCACCGAACUCCUCCCAUACCCAGGUUUUUGCUUCAGCGACCACCAAAGCUGCAUUCCGCUUGGCCAGCCGGUACCCAUCAUCUGCCUCAGGAGUCCCACAGGCCAAAAAGGCCCGAUAGGACUCCUUCUUCAGCUCGACGGCAUCCCUCACCGUUGGUGUCCACCAACAGGUUCGGGCAUUGCCGCCACGACAGGCACUUAUUAUGUGCCCUGCGAUUGGCUGGCAACCAGUUCGGGGUGUACCCCCCCCCUCCCAAUGGGCUCCAGUGCGUCCGCGACCCUAGUGAGGAGAAGCGGCUAAGAAAAUGGAUGGAUGGAUGGAUGGGCUGCAAUAUAACAAAGAGCGAAAAAUUUAAGGGGGUCUGAAUACUUUCUGUACCCACUAUGCACAGUGUGUGUCUGUGUGUCCGUUCCGUUCACCCAGUGGAAUGAUUCGUGACGUUACACGCCACUUGACCAUUAUUGGCUGCAUACCAUUUACAACCCCAAUUCCAAUGAAGUUGGGACGUUGUGUUAAACAUAAAUAAAAACAGAAUGCAUCCAUCCAUCCAUUUUCAACACCGCUUAUCCUGGUUAGGGUCGCGGGACGCUGGAGCCUAUCCCAGCUGACUUCGGACUACACCCUGAACUGGUUGCCAGUCAGUCGCAGGGCACAUAUCGACACGGACAACCAUUCGCACUCACAUUCACACCGUCACUGAGUGGGAACUGAACCCACGCUGCCUGCACCAAAACACUACCAAAACAGAAUGCAAUGAUUUGCAAAUCAUGUUCAACCUACAUUUAAUUUAAUACACUAAAAAGACAAGAUAUUUAAUGUUCAAACUGAUAAACUUUAUUGUUUUUAGCAAAUAAUCAUUAACUUAGAAUUUUAUGGCUGCAACACGUUCCAAAAAAGCUGGCACAGGGUCAUGUUUACCACUGUGUUACAUCACCUUUUCUUUUAACAGGUGUUUAUACACUAAAAGAGAAUCCCACCGCGCCGCUCGUCAGUAGCACUGCCUUGCUCAUUUCCCACAUCUUGUACUGUCCAUUUCUGUCCUCUCUCAUCUUGUUUUCUUGGUUAUUUAUUGCAUGUCCUCACCGGGGGUCCCCCCCAACCACAAAUAAUAACACAAUUUGACUAUUGUCAUGUUACUUGUGUUCAAAUAUCUAGACUGUCUCACGAUUGUUCUGCGGUGGUUCUCACCCCUAUUUCCCUUGUUCAUUCUGUCCCUCUGUAUGUCCCUUUUCUGUCCGGCUGCAUUUUCAAUAAACAUCAGAAUAAUUACAAAAAUGCAGCCCUAUGGGGGGCACAAGUCAGUGCAAACUGUAGGCCGGUCCCAAGCCCGGAUAAAUGCAGAGGGUUGCGUCAGGAAGGGCAUCCGGCUUAAAACCUUGCCAAACAAAUAUGAGCGUUCAUCCAAAGAAUUCCAUACCGGAUCGGUCGUGGCCCGGGUUAACAACGUCCGCCACCGGCGCCGUCAACCUGCAGGGCGCUGUUGGAAAUUCAGCUACUGUGGGUCGAAGUCGAAGUCAAAGAAGAAGAAGAAGAAGAGGUGGAAAGCGGGUUCUUCGGCAGAAAGAGAAGAGGAAAACACAGAGCCUAGAACUGAAUGUGGGGACUUUGAAUGUUGGGACUAUGACAGGAAAAUCUCGGGAGUUGGUUGACAUGAUGAUUAGGAGAAAGGUUGAUAUAUUGUGUGUCCAGGAGACCAGGUGGAAAGGCAGUAAGGCUAAAAGUUUAGGGGGAGGGUUUAAAUUAUUUUACCAUGGUGUAGAUGGGAAGAGAAAUGGAGUCGCGGUUAUUUUAAAAGAAGAGGUGGCUAAGAAUGUCUUGGAGGUGAAAAGAGUAUCAGAUCGAGUGAUGAGGCUGAAAUUUGAAAUUGAGGGUGUUAUGUGUAAUGUGAUUAGUGGCUAUGCCCCACAGGUAGGAUGUGACCUAGAGGUGAAAGAGAAAUUCUGGAAGGAGCUAGAUGAUGUAGUUCGGAGCAUCCCAGACAGAGAGAGAGUCGUAAUUGGUGCAGAUUGUAAUGGACAUGUUGGUGAAGGUAAUAAGGGUAAUGAAGAAGUGAUGGGUAAGUACGGUAUCCAGGAAAGGAACUUGGAGGGACAGAUGGUGGUAGACUUUGCAACAAGGAUGCAAAUGGCUGUAGUGAACACUUUUUUCCAGAAGAGGCACGAACAUAGGGUGACCUACAAGAGCGGAGGUAGAAGCACACAGGUGGAUUACAUCUUGUGCAGACGAUGUAAUCUGAAGGAGGUUACCAACUGUAAAGUAGUGGUAGGGGAGAGUGUGGCUAGACAGCAUAGGAUGGUGGUGUGUAAGAUGACUCUGGUGGUGGGGAGGAAAAUUAGGAAGACAAAGGCAGAGAAGAGAACCAUGUGGUGGAAGCUGAGACAGGACGAGUGUUGUGCAGCUUUUCGGGAAGAGGUGAUACAGGCUCUCGGUGGACGGGAAGAGCUUCCAGAAGACUGGACCACUGCAGCCAAGGUGAUCAGAGAAGCAGGCAGGAGAGUACUUGGUGUAUCUUCUGGCAGGAAAGGAGAGAAGGAGACUUGGAGGUGGAACCUCACAGUACAGGAAAUCAUACAAGGAAAACGGUUAGCUAAGAAGAAGUGGGACACUGAGAGGACCGAGGAGAGGCGAAAGGAAUACAUUGAGAUGCGACACAGGGCAAAGGUAGAGGUGGCAAAGGCAAAACAAGAGGCAUAUGAUGACAUGUAUGGCAGGUUGGACACUAAAGAAGGAGAAAAGGAUCUAUACAGGCUGGCCAGACAGAGGGAUAGAGAUGGGAAGGAUGUGCAGCAGGUUAGGGUGAUUAAGGAUAGAGAUGGAAAUAUGUUGACUGGUGCCAGCAGUGUGCUAGGUAGAUGGAAAGAAUACUUCGAGGAGUUGAUGAAUGAGGAAAAUGAUAGAGAAGGGAGAGUAGAAGAGGCAAGUGUGGUGGACCAGGAAGUGGCAAUGAUUAGUAAGGGGGAAGUUAGAAAGGCAUUAAAGAGAAUGAAAAAUGGAAAGGCAGUUGGUCCUGAUGACAUUCCUGUGGAGGUAUGGAAGCAUCUAGGAGAGGUGGCUGUGGAGUUUUUGACCAGCUUGUUCAAUAGAAUUCUAGUGCGUGAGAAGAUGCCUGAGGAAUGGAGGAAAAGUGUACUGGUGCCCAUUUUUAAGAACAAAGGUGAUGUGCAGAGCUGUGGCAACUAUAGAGGAAUAAAGUUGAUGAGCCACACAAUGAAGUUAUGGGAAAGAGUAGUGGAGGCUAGACUCAGGACAGAAGUGAGUAUUUGCGAGCAACAGUAUGGUUUCAUGCCUAGAAAGAGUACCACAGAUGCAUUAUUUGCCUUGAGGAUGUUGAUGGAAAAGUACAGAGAAGGUCAGAAGGAGCUACAUUGUGUCUUUGUAGAUCUAGAGAAAGCCUAUGACAGAGUACCCAGAGAGGAACUGUGGUACUGCAUGCGGAAGUCUGGAGUGGCAGAGAAGUAUGUUAGAAUAAUACAGGACAUGUACGAGGGCAGCAGAACAGCGGUGAGGUGUGCUGUCGGUGUGACAGAAGAAUUUAAGGUGGACGUGGGACUGCAUCAGGGAUCAGCCCUGAGCCCCUUCCUUUUUGCAGUGGUGAUGGAUAGGCUGACAGAUGAGGUUAGACUGGAAUCCCCGUGGACCAUGAUGUUUGCAGAUGACAUUGUUAUCUGCAGUGAAAGCAGGGAGCAGCUGGAGGAACAGUUAGAAAGAUGGAGGCAUGCACUGGAAAGAAGAGGAAUGAAGAUUAGCCGAAGUAAAACAGAAUAUAUGUGCAUGAAUGAGAGGGGUGGUGGGGGAAGAAUGAGGCUACAGGGAGAAGAGAUGGCAAAGGUAGAGGACUUUAAAUACUUGGGGUCAACCGUCCAGAGCAAUGGUCAGUGUGGUCAGGAAGUGAAGAAACGGGUCCAAGCAGGUUGGAACGGGUGGAGGAAGGUGUCAGGUGUGUUAUGUGACAGAAGAGUCUCUGCUAGGAUGAAGGGCAAAGUUUAUAAAACAGUGGUGAGGCCAGCCAUGAUGUAUGGAUUAGAGACAGUGGCACUGAAGAGAAAACAGGAAGCAGAGCUGGAGGUGGCGGAAAUGAAGAUGUUGAGGUUCGCUCUCGGAGUGACCAGGUUGGAUAAAAUUAGAAAUGAGCUCAUCAGAGGGACAGCCAAGGUUCGAUGUUUUGGAGACAAAGUUAGAGAGAGCAGACUUCAAUGGUUUGGACACGUCCAGAGGAGAGAGAGUGAGUAUAUUGGUAGAAGGAUGACGAGGAUGGAGCUGCCAGGCAAGAGAGCUAGAGGAAGACCAAAGAGAAGGUUGAUGGAUGUCGUGAGGGAAGACAUGAUGGCAGUUGGUGUUCGAGAGGAGGAUGCAGGAGAUAGGCUCUCAUGGAAAAGGAUGACGCGCUGUGGCGACCCCUAACGGGACAAGCCGAAAGGAAAAGAAGAAGAUCAGAAUAAUUACAAAAAUAUUAAAAAUAAGCAGAGGGAGUAUUUCAAACUCCCCUGUUGCACAGCAAAACUGUUCCAGCACAGAGGCAUACAGAUCCACCAUUCUGCAAGGCCAUGCAGCUGAACAUGACAGAACAGAAAAAAAACAAAAACAAAACAUGUACCUUGCGAUUGGCUGGCAACCAGUUCACGGUGUACCCCACUUCGAGCCCAGAGUCAGCUGGAAUAGGCUCCAGCAUGCCCGUGACCCUAGUGAGGAUAAGUGGUAGGGGAAAUGGAUGGAUGGAACUCCUGCUUCUCUGUCUCCUUGUGCCAGAGUCCAAACAAACAACAGCUGCUGAGAAUACGUCCCUCUUAGUCAUUGGAAUUUGUCAGGGCUGCCCACUCUCCCCCCUAUUUUUUUAUAUUGCCAUUGAGCCACUGGCAGUGGCCAUUAGAUCCAGCCUGAUGCUUGGUAUCAUAAGAGGAGGACAGGUACAUAAGCUGUCAUUGUAUGUGGAUGACAUCUUACCGUUAAUGUCUGACCCAGACAUAUCCAUUCAACAACUUUAUAUACUAGUAUAAACUAGUAGUAAAAGUAGGGACCUAGUAGACCAGAACUUCUUGUCCCUUUAAGAAGGCUAAAUGAGGACUUCCUGCAUUGGACACUUCUUCAUUUGUCUCUUGCUGGCAGGAUCAAUUGCAUUAAAAUGAAUGUUCUCCCAAACUUUUUAGACCUUUUCCAAUGUACGUAUACCCGUAUUCAUCCCAAAACACUUAUUUCAUGGCCUUGGCAGCUUACCUCAAAGUUUAUUUGGAACAAUAAGACUCCUAGGAUUCGGAAAAAAAACAUUUUACAGGCCUCCAGAAACUUGGAUGGUACACCCUGAACUGCUCGCCAGCCAAUCGCAGGGCACAUAUAAACAAACAACCAUUCACACUCAUAUUCACACCUAUGGGCAAUUUACAGUCUUCAAUUACCAUGCAUGUUUUUGGGAUGUGGGAGGUAACCGGAGUACCUGGAGAAAACCCAUGCAGGCACGGGGAGAACAUGCAAACUCCACACAUGGUAAACUGGAUUUGAACCCAGGUCCUCAGAACUGUGAGGCGAAUGUGCUAACCAGUCGUCCACCUUGCUGCCAAAUAAUUAAUAUAGUAAUAGAAAAAAUAUAUACCGACGUUUUAGAUUUUUGCCGUGGUAUUGUUUCAGUACCGGUAUCAAGGUAUUUAUGCAGGUAUAGUAUCGAAGUCAGAAUUUUGGUAUCAUGACAUCACUAAUCGAAGCAGUGUUUUUUAAUAGAUAGCAAUCAAAACUUUUUUUUUUUCCCCCCAAGUACCAUUUUAGGUUGUUGUUUUUUUCCCCCAAUGAGAGCAUGUCUCAUGAGCUCACCAGAAACGUGGCUAUUUUGGUAUAAACUUUGUCAUUUCUGACUGUGGCUUCCAGUUUCCUCAGCACUUGUCUCAAAAGACAACAUAUACUGCACCAUGUUGUCCGUCCACGUGUUCUAUCUUUUUGUCUGCCCUGGGUUACCUGAAGCAUCAAGGCUGCCUUUAAUAGAAAAAUAUUAUUCAAAGAUGGAGACAUCAAUGAGCUGAGGCAGGUGCAUAGGAAUUCUAAGGUGCUCACACAGACAGUGCUCUCCCCUGUCCUGUUCACUCUUCCACAUCCGACUUCCAGAAUGAGUCUGAGCUCUACCAUGUGCAGAAAUAAUCGAAUGACCCAAUGAUUGUUGGGUGCAUUGAAAGUGGACAGGUGGGGGAGUAUAGGACCCUGGUCGAGGACUUUGGGGGAUGGUGCAGGGCAAAUGAUUUUAACACCUCCAAAACCAAGGAGAUAAUCGUGUACUUCUGGAGGAAUUGACCCCAUCUGAACCCUGUUUCCACCGUAAGACUAACACUGCGGUAGAUGUUUUUCCAGUCUGUUGUUGGCACUGUUAUCUUCUGUGCUGUCGUGUGCUGUGGGGGCAGCAUUAAAAAGAAGGAUGCUGCUCGACAGGACGGGUGGGUCCAUCGGUCUGGAUAUGUGAUGAACACAGACUCCUUGGUCUCGGUGGCAGAGCGUAUCGUGUAUAAUAUCCUGUCAAUAAUGGACAACACAUAGCACCCUUAAGCAUGGGAGUCUGAUCAGGCAGAGCAUCUAGCUGCUGUUUCCUCUGGGCAUUCGCCUUUACAACUCAUUGGUAAUUGGCCAGAAGGGGACAUUGUCACAAUCUGUCCCUGGGAGAUAACCUGUGUCAAACCCAAUUGAAUGUAUCUGAUUCGACAUGCUUUUAAAAUACCCAAAGAUGUCAAAUUAAGAUACAUAUUUCCCAAUAGCACAAUGGUAUCUAUAAUAUUUAAAUGACAGAUGUUUUGGAAAAGCUCCUUUUAAAGCUCAAUUUUAGCUAAAUUGACCAAAUGGGGGAUAUACACAGAUUGUCAGCUUAUAACACAUUAAUGCGACCAUAAUAUAGUCAUCUAAAACAGUCUUUAUUUCUCCUUCUCUCUAGCUGAUGCUGAUGUCUGUACUCAACUGCCUAUUUGACUGCCUCAGUCAAAUCCUGAG